UGCUUUUUAGUGCGCGUGCUCGGCAAGUUACUAGAGGCAUGCUCGCGGAACUUGCCGAGCACACGCAGUUGAUCAUUUUUUGCCCGGCCACCUGAAAAAAGUGGGUGCAUGAAAACGCAAGUUUCCAAACUGUUAAUUUACGACCGCCAGUCACUAUGUAUCUACUCUGUGUCUGUAUGUAUUUACUCUGUGUCCUAGCGAAAUUCAAAAUUUUGCAAUAGGAUAAGCCUGUUUAUAACCGGUUUAUUAGAAAACGAUUUCUGAUUGGUCAAUUUUGACCAGGUUACGGCUCGUUAACCAAUCAGCGCUUAAUUUGAUGACGAAUCAAACGUUGAAGUUGCGUAAGCAAUUUUAAUGGUUUUUCACUUGUGAAAGUUUUCGAGGCGUAGCCAAGUACUUUUUGCUUUGCAGUUAGAUUUAGUUAUCUAAAAGUAAUUUUUUAGCGUUAAAGAUGAGAGAAAUUGUACAUAUUCAAGCAGGACAAUGUGGAAACCAAAUAGGCGCGAAGGUAACACGGUUAAACUACAUCAAAAGUGUUUUUUAGUUGAAAGUUUUUUGCAAAAUGGCGUCACUUUUUUAGUUUUCAAAACCGUUUUGCUCUUUUUCUUUCAAUAGUUCUGGGAGGUAAUUUCAGAUGAACAUGGCAUUGAUCCUACCGGUACUUACCACGGAGAUUCUGACCUUCAAUUGGAAAGAAUCAACGUUUAUUACAACGAAGCGACCGGUAUGUUGCUGUGUAAAACGAUGAGUUUUUGCUACGGCUACGCGGCAAUAUUUUAAAAUAUUGUGUUUUUUUUAAGGUGGAAAAUAUGUCCCUAGAGCAGUCUUAGUCGACUUAGAACCAGGAACGAUGGAUUCUGUUCGUUCAGGGCCUUUUGGGCAAAUCUUUAGACCCGAUAACUUCGUUUUUGGUAAGUUUUAUGUUUUGAAAUAAAGACAAUGUGUCAACGUCAUUGGCAAAUAAUUAUCUUUUGUAUGCAAUGUUGUUGGAAAUAUUGAAAGGUUGCAAGUGCAUGCACUACAAGUUUCAGACUCAUCAAAUGAAAAAAAAUAUUAAUUUCCAUCGAUUAGAAUUUAAUAAUUUAUAGACUUAAUAGAUAGUUAUUAAUAGAGAGAUAAAAAUAUUCAAAUCUUGUUCCUCAAACGAUAUGAGACUUCAACGAAGUAAAUUUAUGAUUAUUUCACGAUAUUCGUGAUAUAGAAAAACAUUUUUUACGUAACUGCCAUCAUGGCCAAACGAGUUUGUGGACCUGGGGCAACAAAUAUUCUCUUUGAGGGUGCCCUUCAAACGUGAAUUUCAAAUUUGAAAUAUGACCACACCCAAUUUUUGGUGCCCUGUCAAAUUGGGACUGUCCUGUCUGCUGCCAUUUACCGGCAAACCAUAAAACUGUUUAAAACAUUUCAGGCCAAAGCGGUGCUGGGAACAACUGGGCUAAGGGACAUUACACCGAAGGUGCAGAAUUAGUUGACUCUGUGUUGGAUGUGGUACGAAAGGAGUCAGAAAGCUGCGAUUGCCUACAAGGUUUUCAAUUGACACAUUCUCUCGGAGGUGGAACGGGCUCCGGCAUGGGUACCUUACUUAUUUCAAAAAUUCGUGAAGAAUACCCCGAUAGAAUCAUGACCACAUUCAGUGUGGUACCGUCACCUAAAGUGUCGGACACCGUGGUUGAACCAUACAAUGCCACCCUUUCGGUUCAUCAACUGGUUGAAAAUACAGAUGAAACAUUCUGCAUUGACAAUGAAGCACUGUACGAUAUCUGUUUCCGUACGCUGAAGCUAACCACUCCGACCUAUGGUGACUUGAAUCAUCUGGUAUCCGCAACCAUGAGUGGCGUGACGACCUGCCUGCGAUUCCCUGGCCAGGUAGGUGUAGUGUAAUACGUUUUCAGUGGUUACUUCAUUGAAGCAUGAGCGUGGGUCUUUAUAAAUGCAAAUGUCACAAUUGGUUAAGAGUUAACAUUUAUGUAAUUUCAAAAUGUAUUUUAUUACAAUAGUUGAACGCAGACCUGCGUAAGUUGGCGGUGAACAUGGUACCAUUCCCGCGACUUCACUUCUUCAUGCCUGGCUUCGCGCCACUCACCAGCCGUGGCUCCCAGCAAUAUCGUUCACUUACCGUGCCAGAACUUACCCAGCAAAUGUUCGACGCAAAGAACAUGAUGGCAGCUUGUGAUCCCCGUCAUGGUCGAUAUCUUACCGUUGCUGCAAUGUUCCGUGGCCGCAUGUCCAUGAAGGAAGUUGACGAACAAAUGUUGAACGUCCAGAACAAGAACAGCUCCUACUUUGUGGAAUGGAUCCCCAACAACGUGAAAACUGCAGUCUGUGAUAUUCCUCCCAGAGGUUUGAAAAUGUCGGCUACCUUCAUCGGUAAUAGCACUGCCAUCCAGGAAUUGUUCAAGCGAAUCAGUGAGCAAUUUACAGCUAUGUUCCGUCGCAAAGCUUUCUUGCAUUGGUAUACUGGAGAGGGCAUGGAUGAAAUGGAAUUCACUGAGGUAAAUAGUGCAUCAAAUUUCCGAGAAUACUCUCAAGAAAACUGGUACUGGCCUACUGGGUUUUCUUGUGCUGCCCUUGUGUUUUCGUUCCAACAAAUCAUGAAAUACUCUAUGUUUCCUAGGCUGAAUCAAACAUGAACGACUUGGUUUCCGAAUAUCAACAAUACCAAGACGCUACAGCUGAAGAAGAAGGAGAAUUCGAUGAAGAAGAGGGUGAAGAAGAAGCAGCCUGAAAUGAACGAUUUGAUUGAAACGGAUUUUUACGGAUAAAGAAAAUAAAGCAUAU